AUGUCGCUGAUGCUGUGCGUGCCCAGUGUAUUGGAACCGAGAAGCACAUUACCCAGGAGGGCGGUCGCAAACUCAGCGAUGCGAAGGAGGCAGCCGACGCGUCGGGGGACCAGAAGGCGCUGCAGGGGUUUCAAAUGGGCGCGCCUGCGCGCCUGGAUCGCCCUGUGCAUGGCCGUCGUCGGCGAUCCGACCACCGAAGGCGGCACGAAACAGACGUUGAAGGUAUACAAGACAGGCGUCAAGUCGGUGGCGCAGCUGGCGACCAGCGCGCUGGCGUGCCAGCUGAAGAAAACCUUCAACCAGAAUGGAUUGAACACGGAUAUGUAG